ACUUGAGAACUUGGAUCCUCUUUUAGAUGCAAUGCGUAUUCUAUCUCGAUGUAGUGAAAACACUAUCAUCCAAUGUUCUCCAUCAAUGUUAUCCCUAAUUGUUCUUCACCAUGAACUUGACUUGAACGUAUCCUUUCAAAUGACGCCUCGAUUCUUCAAUCACUUCGCCUCCAACAAAACCCACUCUUCAAAAACCCUCACUCAACCAUUAUUCAAUACCCUCAAACGCAUGAAAGAAUCCAAAUUUACUUCACUUUCUUUCUUUGUUCUUCAACCUCUUGAUCACUUAGUCCUCAAAUUGUACCCUCCAAGGUCUGAGCCACCCUUAAUUCGUAAAUUUGGAAAGGUGUAUGCAGUCAAAGAGAAUUUGGGAAACGUUGAUUUGGAAACCUUUGUUUCAAUUGAUUCGUUGCAAUUUAGACGCAUUAUAAACAAGUGUCGGGAUUACUUUGUAAGUGUUACUCCAAGACAUUCAGACGUCAAGUUCUCUAAUGAAGUUAGGGAGUUCAUUUUUCCUAAAGAGGGAGCAGGAGAUCAAUGCAUAGUUGAAGGAGAAACUGAAUUUCUAAUCCCUACUUAUCCAUUUCAUGUUUACAAUAAUAUCAGUUUUGAAGCAAAAAGAGUAUGGUUUUUCAAGUCAGUUGAUAAACUUGGUUCUUUCAUCAUUGCUCCUGUUGGACUCUUUGCUCGAUUUUCCAUCUACUUUCCUAUUCCCUGAGUAGUUUGUCAAAAAUGUAAUACUUUUGAUUUAAAUCAUCAAUAUAUACAUAUAAUAAUCCCA